UGUGUUUUUUAUAUGACGAGCCGCUCAGUGUGUCCUCCCGGUCAAUUUUCAGCAGUUUUCAGUUUCGUGCAUCCAAUAUGGCUGGUUGUGGAGAUCAUGAAGAUUCGAGAGAUUAUUUAAGUGGUAUAAAUCGUGGUGGAAGUAGAAAACCACUGCCUACUGAACCUCCAUAUACUGCAUAUGUUGGCAAUUUACCUGAUGGAAUCGUUCAAAGAGACAUUGACAGAAUAUUUGAGAAACAGAAUGUGAAAAAUGUACGAUUGGUUAAAGAUCGAGAAACUGAUAGAUUUAAAGGAUUUUGCUAUGUCGAGUUUGAAGAUAUUGCUGAUUUAGAAGAAGCUUUACAGCUCAAUGGACGAGUUAAAGUUGAAACAAAUAUUGUAAAAAUAGAUGUUGCAGAAGGAAAACGAAAUGAUAGAGGUGGAUUUGAUAGAAGACGAGGUGGAAAUUCAGCUGGCGGUGGAGGUGGAAGUUUUGGAUAUAAUGACCGCAGACCGCAGGGAAAUAGUGGUCCAGGUAGUAGACAAGGUUCGGGAGGAUAUAAUAGUGAUGUAAGAGGUGGUAACAGAGGUAAUUAUGGAAAUUUCCAUGAAGACGGUGGUCCCGGACGAGAUUGGUCUUCUCGUAGUAGUAGUGGUCCUCCAAGGUCUUCUUAUGGAGGUACUAGUGGACCUCGACGUGGAGGAGGGCCUGGUAAUUCCGAUCGCAGCAAAUCUUUCCAAGAUGAACCAUUUCUUAAAGGACCGCCUCCAGACGUGAGUGGACGAAAAAAAUUGGUUUUACAAAAAAGAUCAGUUCCUGAUCCAGUUAAUGCACUUGCUGAAUCUAGUAAGAGUAGCUCGAUUUACGGAGGAGCUAAACCUCGAGAAGAAAGAGUAGAUUCGAGUGGAAAGUAAAUUUCACUACAAUUCACAAUUAAUUUAACUUUUCUCAUAAAACUUGAGAACAAAAAAUUUCAUAAAGAACAAGAUAAAAAAAAAAAAACAGAAUACACCAUUUAUAUCAUAGAAACACAAGAUUAAAAAAAAAAAUGUUAAAUUUGAUGAACAGUAAAUGAACAGAAAAUAAGGUGCUCUCGCAGUUUCUGAAAAUAAUAGUUAGAAGAAAUUUUCUGUUGUGAAUCAUAAACUGCAAUGUCAAACAAUAAUUUUUAUUUCUUUAACCUCUCAUGGAGCGUCUUCCUUAAGGGAAAGUAAUAGAUAAGAAAAAAAAAACUAACUCACAAAAUCUGUCCCUAAAAAUGAUAAAUUAUAUCUUUCAUGUAAGUUGCAAUUAUGAGCAAUGUAAUUUUUCUAUUUAUAAUGCUCUUUUGUCUGAACAUUGUUAAAAUAAUUGUAAUAGCAUUUUAAUUCCCAAAAAAAUAAUAAUGAUUUAAAAAGAAAAUAAAAAAAAAAAAUUCGUAAAUUAUGUAAGAAGUGAGUGUACAAUGAAUGUUUGAAUACAAAUAAUAUUUAUGUGAAACAGAAAUUAUACAUAGAAUGUAAGCAUCAGUUUAUAUAUAUAUAUAUAUAUAUAUAUAUAUAUAUAUAUAUAUAUAUAUAUAUAUAUAUAUAUAAAGUGGGUUAAUAAAUAAUCAUUUAUGUACAAAUUGAUCGUUAAAAUCACAUGCACGUUUAUUUAUAAUAAAUUAAAAACAUCAUUUUCGUAAUUGUCUCUUACAAGUUAAUAAUUUGUGAUUUUUUCGUUUGUUAUAAUUAUCUUUAUUUCAUAACUAAAAUAAAAAUAAUAAAUGUUUAUUAAUAUUUCAGUUCUAUAUUUUAUUGAUCAGGAAUUAUAAAAAUUAAGAAAAAAAAACACAAGAAACUAAAUACAAUAUUAUUACCGUAACAAAAAAAUAUAUCUAGUGACUACAUUAAUUGCACGACAUUUAUGAUUAUACAUAAUAAAUGAUAUGAUUAACAUGA